AUGGACCCUUCCAAUAUUAAUAUUUACGAAUAUGAAAGUUUUGUGGAUGAAUAUGAACAUGAAGAAUUUGAGAAUUCUGAAGUAACUAAUGUUAAUGAGAAUACUGACACCUUUGUUUCAACUAAUAUUAUUGAAAUCAGUGAUGAUAUAAGUGAAGAAAAUAUUGAAGAAUCUACAAAUAGUAGAA